AUGGCUUCUUGGGCUCCUGUGUAUCCAGCUGCUGUGCCAAUCCCAGUUGAUCUUUUUGUCUCCAAGAAACAUCCUGGUCUUAAUGGUGACUUGGGUUUUGCUGAUUCUUUAGGAAAUAUUGUCUUCAAGGUCAACUUUGAUAAGUCUACAAAAUCAUCCCCCAAGAGGGUCCUUCUUGAUGCGUCUGGAAAUCCUUUGAUCUCUGUGUUUCGGGAUGAUGAAGGUUCUUGGCAAGGUUUUAAGGGUGGUGGUUAUAGGGAGAACGACUUGAUCUUUAGAGUGAAGAGGACUGUGAAAAAGCUUACAAGAACUGAGCUAGAAGUGUUUCUUGUUGGAGAAAUUUCGGGAGAGUCAACACCUGACUUUAAGGUAAAAGGUUUCCCCUUCCAAAGAUCAUGCACGAUCUACAGAGGCGAUUCCAUUGUAGCCCAGACCAGUCUCAUGUACAAGCUUCACCAGAUUUGUGCUCGCCGGAGUAAAUUCCGAUUAACCAUAUUUCCCGGAUCUGUAGAUCAUUCCUUGAUUGCAUCUUUGAUUGUUCAACUUCUUCUUAGCACUGGAAAUACAGCUUCUAGCAUGGACAGUGACGCAUGA